UGUGAAUGUAAAUUAAUUGGCUCGCCUCACCAGGUGGCUACACUUGUCGUUACUUAAAAAAAUUAUUCUAGUUUUGGCUACUUCAGUUUUAUUUUUAUCAUUAAAUUUCGUUUAAUUUAGUUUAAAAGUCUUUGUUACUUCUGCUGGUAUAAAUUGUAUAAGACUUUUUAGUUUUUAAUUUAAAUUAUUUUCCAAUGGCAUAAUAAUAUAGUUCAAAAUUAAAUAAAAGAUCUAUUAGAUUUCCAAGAUAUUAGAAAAAACUAAAUUUUCUAAAUUGAGAUCAAAACUUUCCCAAUAUAUUCCAGACUGAUUAACGAUUGAGAGAAAUAAAAUUAACAAAUAGUCGAAAUUUAAAUGGAUUACGCUUGAAACUUUUCUCAAUUGCUCCGAUAAAUUUCAUGAUUUAUAUUGCCAUUUUUUCAGCAUUAGCACAAGUUUCCUAAUGCAAUAUUACUGUGGAUUCCACUGUUUAUAACAAAUUAAUUGUAAAUCUCAACAAAGAAAUUCCAAAUUUUAGAUUAAAUAGGAAAUGUUUUGUCACAAAUGUGCCUCCUCCUUUCUUUCACCUAUGCAACCAGCCAAUUUUUAAAAAACAAUAAAAUAGUUUUCACUGAUUCAGUCGGGAGGCUGAGUUCUCUUUCAAAUGACAGUGCUCUCUGGCUGGGUGUUUGCGAGAGAGCGAGAUGGUGUUUAUUGACUCUGUCACUCUUUUGUUAGCACAUUAAAAAAUCAAAGCGGCGCCGCCAGACCCCAGCACAUCACAGAGCACCAGCAUCACAGCCUGUGUCACUUGACUCCGCGGAAAUAUCGGGAUAUAUAAAUUGAAACGUAAUCUAGGCUGUGAAAAACGUUUUAUAAUAUGAUCGUAUUAGAUAAUCAAAUGCUUUGUCUGACAAUUUACGUAAUUCCGAACUAAAAAUGAAAAAUCGUCUUGCUUCGCUCCCCAUUCAAAUGGCGCAGCGUUAUCUGAAACGCGCCCAUAGUCAACAACAUGCAGAUCGUCAAGACUUGUCGUCGCCGCGGGGCACACGUCUGGACAAGCCCGAUUUGCGGCCGAAUUCGUCAAAUGCCAAGCUCACCUCGUCUCCACUGCCACCAUUGUCUCCAGAUCCUUCGUUGCCAGCGGUCUUCGAGUCCUGCAAACGAAAAUCAGUCAAGUAAAACAACUGAUCCAUAUUAUUGACGUAUGGAUUUUCUGGCACCGAGAGCACCAACACCGUGUCCAAGAAUGUAAAUAAAGCGCAAACGGCAGGCGUUCGGUUCGAAUCGCCAUGAAAAUCGACUCGAAUGCGCUCUCCGUCGCGCUUUCCGAAUGCUCGGACGUGCUUAUGUCGAAUACUCACUUUGUCUUUCUUCAUUUUAUUCGGCAUAGCCCGACGCAAGACACGAUAAACGAAAAUACGACGUUGUGUACUUGAAUAAACAUGUAUAUUGUAGUCGAGACGCUGACGGGAUUGGUCGACGCAGGUCACGUGAUGAGCCGCGUGUCAUUUGUUUCAGUCGUUGGCAUGGCAACUUGAAAUUAAACCCCGCGAAGGAAAAAUGACCAAAGCAACCUCAAUUAAAGAAGCUAUAAAAAAAUGGGAGGACAAAAACAAUGCCACGGCCUCAGAGGCGGAAGAAGUUUCACUCUCGUUUCAAUGGCCACCCAUCGAAAAGAUGGACAACACGCUUGCCACUCUAGUUCACUGCAAGAAACUUUCGCUGUCAACAAAUAUGAUAGAAAAAAUAUCUGGGCUAAACUCGCUGAGAAAUCUGAAAAUAUUGUCUCUCGGGCGAAAUUACAUUAAAUCAUUAGCUGGAUUGGAGGGUGUUGCUGAUUCAUUGGAGGAAUUGUGGAUUUCCUACAAUUUACUUGAGAAGGUCAAGGGGAUAAAUGUGCUUAAAAACCUGAGGGUCUUGUACAUGUCGAACAAUCUAAUUCGAGAGUGGGUCGAAUACGCAAAACUAUCCGAGUUGCUCACGCUGGAGGAGCUUUCAUUUGUUGGGAACCCUUUGCAAGAAAGUUGUGAAGAGGGAACUUGGCGCACUGAGGCGGCCAGGAGGUUGCCAAAUCUGAAGAAGUUGGAUGGCGAAACAGUUAUACGAGAGGAAGGAAAUGAUGAACAGGCAGUAGCAGCGCCCCCAGCACCACAACAGACAAUUAAUUAAUUAAGCAAUUUCCCAAAAUGAAAGAUGUCUGCAAACUAAUUCUCUUCAUGGUAAUCUUCAGUUUUGAUAUGAUUUAAGCCUAAAUCCUCGUUUUGCUCGUGAGAACGUUCAUAACGUGUAACCUUCACAUUUUCCUCAACCGAAUCUUGUAAACUCUGUAGAAAAAUAUGAUUUUAAAAUGAAUUUGAUAAUUAAAAAAUGUAGCGCAAACUAUUUACCUGAAUGUAAGAAUUGCCAGCCGGGUCGUCAAGAAUCAGAGUAAUUGGCAACUUGGCCUCCAAGGCUUGAUCCAUUUUAUCCAGAAAAUCUUGAUACUUGACGGAGGUGGACUCGGUUGCACUGUCACCCCAGUGGGCCAAUAGUUGCUCUUUCAUGGCUACAAGGAGACCCUCGACGGUAGAAAAUCGACCUCCGAGUGCAUGUGGACCCACCUCCAAAUCCAAUUCAGGCACUUGCAUAUCACAAGUGUCACUCUGUUGAUAAUGAUAUAAUUAAAUAAAUAAUUGCAAUGGAAAUUGAAGCACAAACCUUGAG